ACUGACGUGAGUUGUUUGUUUAUCAGGGUUAUUAUUGGAAGCAGCCCUUCUGCUCCUCUGUGUCUCACCUGUGACCUGCGUAAGGACAGGUGUCAGUACAACUCAGCUUACUUCAGCUCUGACGCCUCAUACUACCGAAUGGACUGCUACGGACCUGGGUUGCCCAUCUACACACUCAUGGACAACAGGGGCUCAGGUGCAGAGCUCUCCAUUCUCGAAGACAACAGUGAACUGCAAAACAUCCUGUCAGAAAUUCAAAUGCCAACAAUGAAGUACGGCACAUUAAAGGUUGCAGGAUAUGAUCUUUGGUAUGAAAUGAGUUUACCACAAAAUUUCAAGAAGUCUAAAAAGUAUCCUCUUCUGAUUGAUGUGUAUGGAGGGCCUUGCAGUCAAGAGGUGGACUAUCGUUUUAACCUGAACUGGGGCACGUACCUCACCAGUUCAAACGAGAUCAUCAUUGCCAGCUUUGAUGGAAGGGGAAGCGGUUACCAAGGUGAUGAAAUAAUGCACGCAAUCUACAAACGCCUUGGGACGUUCGAAGUGGAGGAUCAGAUAUCAGCAGUGAGGAAAUUCAUCGACAUGGGUUUUAUCGACCCAGACAGAAUAGCAAUCUGGGGCUGGUCAUAUGGUGGCUACGUCACCUCAAUGGCCUUGGGUGCUGGAACUGGACUCUUCAAAUGUGGAAUCGCAGUCGCCCCAGUGGCCAAGUGGGAAUAUUAUGAUGCAGUGUACACCGAACGCUACAUGGGCAUCCCCGCAGAAAAUGCUGAGUCUUACAAGAAUUCCACAGUGACAGCCAGAGCAAUGAACUUCAAAACAGUAGACUAUCUAUUGGUUCACGGCACAGCAGAUGACAAUGUCCAUUUCCAGCAGGCAGCACAGAUCUCCAAAGCUCUGGUGGACAAGCAAGUGGACUUUGAGACGAUGUGGUACACAGACAAGGACCACGCUCUCAGGGGAUCCGCCUUUUAUCAUACAUACACCCUCAUGAGCCACUUCCUGAAGAAAUGCCUCAUUUAUCCCAAAUAGAUUUGAAGAAUGUGACAGCAUUUCUUUUCUAAUUUGUGUAUCUUUUGUGUCAGAAAGAACAUAUUAGUCCAUAUUUGUUUUAGUGUUUUAUCCAUGUGUGCAUGGAUGUUUAAAUGCUCACACAUUUGUACUUUAUAUGGAUUAUGGAUAUUUGUCAAUAUAGCUGACAUUGAAAACACACUAAAAGCCGUGCAUGCAUUUAUGUUUAAAACAUUUUUUUAAUGUGAUUUCAUACAAUAGAUCAAUUGCACAGUACUGAUUUGUAGUGUGAGUGUUAUAAUGUGUGUAGUUGUCAUGUUCUAUUGAAUGAACAUUGUUUUAAAAUAAAACUGAUUGAUUACUUUUCCAGAUGAUUUUGCCACAGAUCUUUUGGAUAAAUAUUACAAUAAAAAAUAAUGGAGUGAUG